AUGCUCAAGCUCGUUUCGAUCCUUGUUGUGGGCAUGGCCGCCUCUCAGGAGGAGCUGAGCGCCGGCAGCAGCUCCGUUCUUAUUGAGCUGGAUGAAAGCGGGAAGCCUUCCAUGGUGGAAUCUUCGGAAGAGAAGCCCUGGCCGUUAAAAAAUCCUCCAAAGUAUGAUGAUGAUGUCGAGAAGGCUUUGUCGAAUGCAAACCUGACCAGUGGCGAGCGGCAGGAGGUUGAGAAGACACUGGAUGAGUUUUUGAACAAGUCGAACAUCCCAAAGCGACAGGCGCUUCUGGUCCAGUUGGAGGGCAACCCUCACACCGUUGCCCUGAGGAACCACACAGAAAUUGUCACCAAGAAGGGCACGGACCCCAAGCUCAAGGCUCUUAACGACCAGCACGAGAAUCUCACCAAGCUCGUCCACGACCAGGCAGAAGGCGUGGCUCACACUUCUGCGGUUUUGAGUCGCAACAAGGAGGACAUGGACAAGCAAGCUGCUGAAGUCGACCGCGUUGCUGACCUCUACAACGCGUCACAUGCCGACACGCAGAAAGCUAGAGAUGCGUACAAGGCUCACUUAGUCGCUCUCGCAGUUGCCAAAAAGCGCCGCGAUGACUUGAAGCACAAGGCGGACGACGCCCGCAAGACACUCGAGCACGUGGUGCCAGAGUACAAUGCUGCUGAGUACAAACUUGGCAUCCUGAUGUCGCAGACGCCGUGGUUGAAGGAUGAAGCGAAGAAGAAGGCAGACGAAGAGGGCAAGAAAGCCGACGACCUCGAGAACACUGUCAAGAAGAACCAUGAGAUGCAGGACAAGCUGAACGGAGACGACAAAGCCUUGCAGGAAGCCAUCUAUAAGCUGAACGGUCUCAACUCCGACCUGAAGCGCAUCGAGGACAAGAUUGAGCACUACAGCAGCGCUCCUGCGUUGGCACCUGUGCCCGUGCUUUUGGCGCUCCUCCUCGGCCAAAUCUGA